UUUUGUACGUUGUCAUUUUGAAUUCAUUCGCAACAUUUUUUGUAAAACUUUUCAAAAUGAGAAUUCACGGACCGGUCUUCUGUAUCUGUGCUUUGCUGGCUCUCAGUACUACAGCUGUCAAAGUCGACUACACCGGUCAUAUGGUGAUCCGUGUAUCCCCCAAAACGGAAGAACAGAUAAAAUUCUUGAGCGAUUGGGAAUCGACCAGCUCUAUUGAUUUCUGGUCCCGAGCAGCUACAACUAAAACAUUCACCGACAUCCGCGUCAGCCCUGAAUCGUACAAGCAUGUUGCCCAAAUAUUGCUCGAUAAAAAAUUGAACCACAAAAUUUUGAUUUCCAAUCUCGGAGAGCUGGAACGACAGGAACAACAGGAAAUUGCUCUUCGCCGUGCGCUCUACAAUGGUGACAAGGCCAUCGAUGUAGAAAAUUAUCACACCUAUGAAGAGGUGAUGGCCUAUUUGGCUGAGCUGGCCAGCACCAACCCGUUAGUUACCACCAUGGUCGCAGGUUCCAGUAUUGAGGGUCGCGAUAUCGUUCAGGCAACAAUCAGCAGUGACCUAUCCGCUAAUAAACCAAUCGCCUGGUUUGACUGCAACAUUCACGCUAGAGAAUGGAUUACCGCAGCCACCUGCGUUUGGAUUAUUGACACGAUAACUACUGGAUAUGGUUCUGAUCCGGAGAUAACUGCGCUCGUUGAUCAGUAUGACUGGAAAUUUGUUCCUAUUGCCAAUCCAGAUGGGUAUGCCUUCAGCUGGACCAAUGAUCGACUUUGGCGAAAGAAUCGUGCGGUCAACCCUGGCUCUGUUUGUGUGGGCGUCGACCUUAACCGUAACUUCCCUGUUGGCUUCGGUGGUACUGGUUCCUCAAAUGGUCCUUGUUCAGAAACUUUUCACGGAGCGGCAGAAUUUUCCGAGCCGGAAUCUAUUACGCUCAAAAACCUGAUUGCCGCCGAUGCCGGAAGAGUGAAAACAGCCAUCUCCAUGCAUUCCUACUCUCAAUUAUGGCUAUCUUCUUAUUCUUAUUCAAGUGCUUUACCAGCGGAGUACCCCGAAAUGUUACGUGCCAUGAGGGCUGGCGUCGAUGCACUCACUGCUACUUAUGGAACUGUAUACGAUUACGGUAGCACCGGCACUGUCCUCUACAUCGCAUCCGGCACUACCACAGAUCAUUACUAUAAGAAUGAAGGGGUUGUACACUCGUACACUAUUGAGCUACGUGAUACUGGUCUGUACGGUUUUGAACUCCCCCCAAGACUAAUUGUGCCAACAGCUACCGAAACUUGGAAUGGAAUCAAAGCCUUCAUAAAUGCCAUUUAAAAAAACACCCGCAACGAAACAGAUAUAGCUUUCUGCAUCUAUACAGAUAUAAUGAUGAGAAAUAUGUAUACACUUAAAUGAAAUAAUAUACCCUUAUAAAUGAA